AUGUAUCAAUAUUCUGCUAUUAUGAAAGUAUUAAAUGAUACAUCUAAAACUUUUCUUGUAGAAUCGAUUCGUAUUAUAUAUAAAGCAUCUGAUGGAACAGCAUUCAGUGGAUCCAAACAUGGCGGAGACAAUAAUGGAGCAUCAAACAAGGCUCAAUGCGGUCCCUUCACUUUUAAUGCCAGAGAAAAAAUUAUUCAAGUUAACGGUCGUAAUGAUUCAAGAAUUCAUUCAUUACAAUUUGUUACCACUGAAAACAGAAAAGUACCUAAUCCUGCAUGUGGCGGUGAUGGUGGUGGAGCGUUUAACGAUAGUAAACCAGGUUAUUAUCUGUCGUUUAUAAGUGGUAAAUCAGGAGAUGUAUUAGAUCAAAUACGGUUCCAUUGGGCCAAACUUCCAGCAUCAUCGUCAACAACAUUAACAACAUCAACAACGCCAUCAACAGCAACAUCAUCAUCCACAACAACAAUAGAAACAACAACAACAGCAACAACAGAAACAAUAUCAGUAUCAACAACAACAACAACAACAACACCAUCAAUAACAUCAUCAUCAACAUCAUCAUCAUCAUCAUCGACAACAACAACAACAACAGCAUUAUCAUCAACAUCAGCACAAAAAACAUCACCUAUGGUAACGACUAGUAGCAACGUUAAUAGUUCAUCAUUGGUUUUUGUUCCAAAACCCUGCAUUAAUUCAACGUUUAUCGGUCUCAGUUGCAAUAUCUCAAAUAGUCCAUGUGAGAUGGGAACACCAUGUGAAAACAAUGGUAUAUGUAUAAACAAUAAAAUGGCAACUUAUGGAUAUAUUUGUUCAUGUCUAUCAGGUUUCAAUGGCACUUAUUGUGAACUUGAUGAGCGAAUCUGUAAACCACAUCUAUGUUUACAUAAUGGUACGUGUAAUGAAACAUCGAACACCACAUUUCAUUGUGUAUGUGAAAAUGGUUGGGAAGGUAUUCAUUGUGAAUCAAUGGUUAAUUAUUGUGAAGGUGUCGAAUGUAUGAAUAAUGGUGUUUGUCGACCAUUAUUAUUAGGUUAUAAAUGUGAAUGCCUUGGUACUAGUUAUUAUGGUUCUCAUUGUGAGUUUACUGCAAGAAAAGUUGUUAUCUCAAAAAUCAUUUCAAAAUCAUUUUCAUAUAUUGCAAUUAUUGCUCUGUCAAUUGUUGUAAUGUUUAUUGUAAUAAUGGACAUAUUAACAUACUGUUUUGGUAUUGAUAUGACACGUGAAGAGUUGGAACGAUAUCGACGAGAGAAACGAGACAAAAAACGAAUAAAUCGUCGUGUUAAUAAACAAUUGAUCUGCACGAAUAUAUCAUAA